AUGGCGCCCCCGCUAUCCUCGCUCUACGGCGUGUCCUUCUUCCUCGCACUCCUUGUCACGCUGUUGGUCGCAGCUUCUCUCCGUCUUCUCGCCAUCCUCCCCAACGCACGGCCGAAGACGGCGCAAUUGCGCACGCGGCCGACCAGCGCCCGCAUUCUCGUUGUGCUGGGAUCGGGAGGACACACCCACGAGAUGUUCGCCCUGCUCCGCGACCUAGACACACGGAAGUAUACACACAGAACCUACGUGGUCAGCAGCGGGGACGCAUUCAGCGCGCAGCGCGCCGUGGCUUUCGAGAAGGGCCUGGAGGAGCGAGCGGCGCGGGGUCGUGCCCAGGAGGGAGCGAAGACGGCGCAAGACGAGACCAGCGUACCGUGGACUCGAUGGCGCGAUGAGACGGAGACCACGGGACGAAAUGGGAGGCCGCACUGCGUAGGUCCAGAGCACUACGCAAUAGCCACGAUACCGCGGGCGAGGAGGAUCCAUCAACCGCUCUACACCACCCCUUUCACCGCCGCUCAGACCCUCUUGGCAGCCUUCCCGCCACUCCUGUCCACGCCCACUGCCGUUGAGGAAAACACGGCCUCGCUCCCGGCCCUGGUGAUAACCAACGGCCCUGCGACCGCCGUGGUUCUCGUCCUCGCUGCCUUCACGCUGCGCUUCUUCAACAUCCGCGGCGCUGAGAGCAGGGGGCUGUGUCGCACGGUGUACGUGGAGAGCUUUGCGCGGGUCAAGACGCUGAGCCUGAGUGGGAAGUUGCUGGUCAGGGUUGUGGAUCGUUUUCUGGUGCAGUGGGAGGCGCUGGAGGGGUACGGAGGGCGAGCGGAGUAUGGGGGGAUCUUGGUGUGA